CGGGACUUCCGGUUGCGCGGACCCGGAAGUUUCGGAUACAAGUUUCACUGUUGCUCCUUGCAUCCAUAUGCUCGCUGCUUUAAACGUAUUAAUGUAAUUCUGACGGUUUUUUACUCUGUAGUAUUAGCAACAAUGUUAUCUUUAGACUUCCUUGACGAUGUUCGUCGCAUGAAUAAGCGGCAGCUGUACUACCAGGUGCUCAACUUUGGUAUGAUUGUGUCUUCUGCGCUGAUGAUCUGGAAAGGACUGAUGGUUGUCACCGGCAGCGAAAGCCCUAUUGUUGUUGUUCUCAGUGGGAGUAUGGAGCCGGCUUUUCACAGAGGGGACCUGUUAUUUUUGACCAAUCGAGUGGAGGACCCCAUCAGAGUUGGAGAAAUCGUUGUCUUCAGGAUAGAAGGCAGAGAGAUCCCAAUAGUACACAGAGUACUAAAGAUCCAUGAAAAGGAAAACGGUGACAUUAAGUUCUUGACCAAAGGAGACAACAAUGCAGUGGAUGAUAGAGGGCUGUACAAGCAGGGUCAACACUGGCUGGAGAAAAAAGAUGUGGUGGGACGAGCAAGGGGAUUUGUGCCAUAUAUUGGAAUUGUUACCAUCCUCAUGAAUGAUUACCCCAAGUUCAAGUAUGCUGUGCUCUUCAUGCUGGGUCUGUUCGUCUUGGUCCACCGGGAGUGAGGGGCUGGAGCUUCAGCACUAAAGAUGAAUAAACUGCACCCAGAAAACCUCAGUCAUGCCUUUCCAAACAGAUUUACUCUUCUUUGUCAAAUUCAACUUGGCUUUUUUUUUUUUUUUUUUUUGUUCAAACAUUUUGUAGAAACGUGGAUAGAGUUGUUUACAUUUUCAAAAGUCCAAGCUUUAAAUGUAUUUUUAUGAGGGAGUUAGUGAAGAUUAAGUUUCAUGUCAAUUUUAGUAUGUGAUCUUCAAAAUGUGAAAUGACAUCCUUAAAAAUAAAUUAGCUUUUUGUUAAUUUCCUCUUGUUUUUUUUCUUAAAAUUAUAUGGAAGUGUUUUAUGGCAACUGAAAUUAAAUUUAAUUAAAUAUAAAAUCUGGUUAGCAUCCACUUUGGAUUACAUGAACUGUCUUAUUUUGUUUAGCAUGGAUCUUCAACAGGAGCUUUUUUUUAUUAAUGUAAAGAGUUCAUUCUUAGGGGGUGGAAUAUGUUCAAUUUGGUUUGUAGACCUAUAAGAAAAUAUGUUUAACAAACCAUUUUACAACCCUAUACUGGAAAGGAAAUUUGUAUUAAAAUAAACAUUUAAAGUUUUUUUCAAACUGA